AUGAGUCGAAGAUAUUACCCAAAUAUUUUGAUAACAGGAACUCCAGGUUGCGGAAAAACUUCUCAUUCUGAGAGCUUGAGCUCUCAAUUAGCGAAGCCCUAUAAGCAUUUCUCCAUCAGCGAUAUUGCAAAGAGCAGAGAUUGUAUAGAGGGGUACGAUGAAAAGCUAGAUACUUCAGUGGUGGAUGAGAACAGAUUGUUAGACAGCUUGGAGAAUGAUUUGCGAGAAGGGGGCAUCAUAAUAGAUUGGCAUUGCUGCGAUAUUUUUCCUGAAAGGUUAAUAGAUUUGGUUGUAGUGCUAAGGACUGAUAAUAACUUAUUAUAUGAAAGGAUGAAGAAAAGGGGCUACAAAGAUAACAAAAUCCAGGAAAAUCUUGAUUGUGAAAUCAUGGAAGUGAUUUUACAAGAGGCUAGAGAUGCAUACAGAUCUGACAUAGUGGUGGAACUUCAAUCAAACUGUGUCGAAGAAAUGGAGGAGAACAUUGACCGAAUCUCAGCGUGGGUCGCAAAUUGGAAAAAGGAUCAUAAGAAUGGUGAGAGUAAUGAGUUACAAGGCUCAGAAAGUGGUAGUGAAAGUGAUGAUGCGUCCGUUGAUGAAAUUAGUGAUGAAUCUGAUGACGACCAUGAGUCAAAUACUAAUACCGAAAGUACAUAA